AUGUCCAAAAAUGGCAUCUCCGUAGAUCCAUCCAAAGUUGAGGCUAUUCUAAGUUGGGAAAGGCCGAAGAAUGUUACAGAAAUUCGAAGUUUCCUCGGACUAGCAGGGUACUACCGUCGUUUUGUAGAAAAUUUCUCCCGGAUUGCAAUGCCAUUAAUACAACUGACAAGAAAAUGGGUCAAGUAUGAGUGGAUUAAGAAAUGUGAAAUAGCAUUUCAAGAGCUAGGAUGGCUGGAGUAUCUUGAAGAUUACGACUUUGCGCUUCAUCACCAUCCAAGAAAGGCCAAUGUGGUUGCCGAUGCUCUAAGCCGAAAACGCCAAGCUAUAACUUACAAUUAUGCCAUCCAAGCGUGGAGGACAUGCAGCGUUUUAGAAGAGUACAAUCUACAAUUAGGCGAAAGGAAUGAGAAAGCUUAUGCAUUUUCUUUGGUAGCUCGACCCACACUACUUCAACAUGUCAUUGAGGCACAACGACAAGAUAUGGAGUUGGAGGCUAUUCGAAAACAAAUUUUCAGCAAUAAUGAUAUGCUGGAAUGGUCCUUGUUCACCGACGGAGGUUUACGUUUCAAGCAACGUCUCAUGGUACCAAAUGAGCCUAACAUUAGAAAAUAA